AUGAACCCGUCCGGCAGCGCGCUAAGCGAUGCAGAGCAGUACUCGAUUUGGUGUGAGCAAGUGCGGGACCUUUUUACAUCCACUGGCACAGGAAAAGGGAUUGAAGCAGCAUCAACGGAGGCUGAGCCCCUGGGGGAGGGAAGCAGCGUCGAAGAUGGUGGAGAGUUUUCACACUGUUUCUACAUGCGCAUGCUCAGCAGUGGGAAGGAAGAGGCGAUGACGCACGGGAUGAAUGAUACACUUCAGAGCUGCAGUAGUGGCCUUGGCAGUGACAGUGGUAGUGAUCGCAGUGACUACGUCUCAUCCGCCGCUCAGCUCAAAGGGCGUCAGAUAUUCAUAGAUGAAGAUGCAUUGGCUAUGCGGCUUGCUUCAAAGCUAAGCGCGCAUGCCCGCAAGCUCCGACGGGAACAUGACGAGCGUCACCCUGAGGUGCCGCAGGUUAGCAACAAUCAGUGGAGCUUCCGAGAUGGAAAGGUUGAGGCCAUAGCGUGUAAGAUGAAUGAGGAGCUUCACGAACUGCUCAUGUACGUGCGACGUCAAAACUUGUUGGCGCAGCAGUUGCAUCGUCAGUUGGUGCAAAGUAAACAACUUAUACUUCAGCAAAAACAGUUGACGUGA